CUUGAAAAACUCGUCGUUAAUCUGUCUUCUUUUUUCUUUUCAGAAUAUUUUGUUUUAAUAAUUCGAAUCUAACUAGUUGUAGUUUUAGGUUUUGAGAUUUAAGAUAAAUUUUUAUUGGACGUGAAAUCUUAUCUCAUCACCGAAGAAAGAUAUGGCCUAUGCAAAAAUAGGUUACGGUGGUACUUAUCUAGUGCACCGAGGCAUAUUGGAGUCAUCCGAUAACAAUGCAAGAUCACUUUCAUGGUCGUUUCCGAUCAAUUAUGCCGGAAGUCGUCGUAUCAACGUUAAAACGAUAUCUGCGUCUGUGGCGGAGUCGGUAUCGGAGAUAAAGAAACAGAGAGGAGGGGGAGAUCAUAGAGAGGUGACGCGUGAGAAGCUGGACAGGUGGAUGAAGGAAUCUGUGACGGAGAUAGUGAAGAAUCUAAGUGAAGCGCCUUUGUUAGUCCAUCUAUAUGAGGAGAAGGGGACGGUGGUGGUGAUGAAGGCGGAGGAGUGGGCGGCGGUGAAGGGGAGAUGGGAGAGAGGAGAGGCGGAGAUGCCGGAGGGGAUAAUAUUCGUGGAGCAGUUAGGAGCGGCGGAGGAGGAGAGCUGCGGUUGUGGCUUUGAAGGUGACGAUGGGACGCGUGCAUGGGGGUUGGUGGUUCAGGGGAAAGGAGUGGAGUGUGGGCCGGUUUGUUAUUUGCUGAAGACUACACGGGUCGGGUCAGGGUCGGGUCUUAGCAUGCGGUGUACACAUUUCUGCUUAGCUAAGGUGUCGAGUUUUAGGGAGACGGCUGAGUCUCAGUUUAGGAAUUGUUGGCUCGUUGGAAAUUAACAAUGAAGCCUCUUUUGUUUCAUCAUGUGAAUAAAUAUGAUUUUGAAACAUAAUCGACUGUGUCGUUAUGUUUUAUGGUACAAUGAUAUCAUUCGUAUGUACAUGUUGUAAUAACAAAAGUGUUUAAGUUCAUGUGGAAUCAUUCACAGCAAUCCAAAGCUGGUAAGUGGC